CGGAGAUGGAUGGCUGACGAGGGGGUACGGGACACGAGAGCAGCUGCGGGUGGGCAGCGAUAGCGGAUGGACGAGGGAAAGUCUGGAGAGAGGGAAAAUGUUCAGGACGCCCUCGAUGAGGAGGAGGGUCUCGAGGGUGGGGUUUGGGAGCGGGGAAAGGCUGACGAAGCAGUCGAAGACCCUGACCUGCCAGGGGAGGAGGUGGUGAUGACGUCGAGAGGCGUCGGUCGAGCGGGUCCCACUCCUAGGGCACCACGACCUGAGGUGGAGCGCGCGAGGAGGGAGAAGAGGCCGGUGGGCGAGGGCGGCGAGGUGCGGGAGACGGCCACGGAGAAGAGGGCUCGGGAGACGACGAUCGACGAGAUGUACGAUAAGGAGAAGUUGGCCGAGUUCCAUGACGCUUGCGUGGCCGUAUGGAAAAGAGAUCACGCCGAGGUCAUAAUGAUCGACGACAAGAGGCUGGUGCCGUCCGUGAUUGGUUUCGAGCAUGGGGAGAGGCUCGUGGGCAACUGUGAAGAUAUGGUUGAGUAUCAGGAUCCAGAGUGGUUUAUCUUCGGAAUGAAGAGGAUGUUAGGAAGAUCCCUCGACAGGCCAGGCGUUGCACAUGAGAUUCAGACAGCUCCGUUCCUUGCGACACGUGGCCCACGAGGCGAGGCUAUGGUGAUGAUCAAAGAGAAAGAGGAGGAGCGGAGGUAUAGCCCCGAGCACCUGACUGCCAUCCUGCUGAGCAAGCUGAAAGCGGACGCUGAGAAGUAUAUCGGCUCCCUUGUCCAUCGCGCCGUCAUUUCCGUUCCUGCUGGCUUCAAUCAGAGUCAGCGACAAGCCACUCUGCAGGCAGCGAACAUAGCCGGCCUGAACAUCCUGCAGUUGAUGAGCGAGCCGACGGCUGCUGCAUUGGGCAGCAGCCGUUGGACUGGAAGGCUCACCGAAGAAAGCAGUCGGCUGAAGACGGUUUUAGUCUUCUCCCUCGGUGCGGGAUUCUGUGAGGCGUGUAUAGUGCAAGUGGCAGGGGAAACGUUCCGGGUAAUAGCCGUGGAGAGCAACAUGAGCGUAGGGGGGAAAGACUUCAGUGAUCGCCUGAUUCAUCAUCUCUGGAGCCGCAUCCCUGGAGUGGACAACAGUCGUCGGUGUCUCGGAAAGCUGAGGACGCUGGCAGAGAAGAUAAAAUCCGAUCUCUCUCGUAGGGAAGCUGCAUGUGUAGAGCCGCAUUACCUCUGUGACAGUCAGGCGACCAAGAUUCCGAUUAGAAGGGAAGAUUUUGAGAAGUGGACGUCUUAUCUUCUCCUAAAGUGCACUUCUGUCGUCGAUAGGGUGAUGUGCUCUGCUCGAUACCUGCCGGAGGGCAUUGACAAAGUAGUUCUCGCAGGCAAAGCAACUAGGAUGACCGCCAUAGCUAACUAUUUUAAGAAAAUAUUUAGUGAGAAGAAGUUAUGCAGAGAAGUAGAUGAGGUUGUUGCGUGCGGCGCUGCACUCCAAGCGUGGACUUUGGAAAGAGAGGGACCAUCUUCAGCAGGCUCUUCUCCUGCCACUUUGCCGAAUGUGAUGGACAUCUCUUCAAGGUCUGUCAGCCUUCUGUUGCCGUUUUCCCCGGAGACGACCUGUGUUAUUUCUAGCGUGGAGAUCUUGCCCUGUCGAGGGCCGCGAUUUUAUGUUCCAUGCCAGCCGUUGGAGGGAGCGGCUCACUGCUACAUGCAGGAGGGAUUGGCGAACUCUUGCCCGGUGACAUUGACGGGCUUCGAACUUGCUACGGCGGACAGGUGGGCCGAAAUGACUGUGAAGAUGGACAAGAACGGAGUUGUGUCCGCAGUAGCCCGCAGCUGGUUCUCAGCCAAAAAAGUGGACGUUGUGAUCAACGCUGCGUGCUGUCGGCAUCUCACGAGCGAGGAGAUCUCGGCGAUCCAGAAAGACAUGGCAGAGUACAAAACCUGGGAGGAGGAUAGGAAGAGGAGGAAAGAGGCUUGGAAUGAGCUGCACGCGUACGCUUCAGAGUUCGUUCAUCGAAGCCUCUUUAAGCUGAGGCGCAAAGUGCAUAACGUCAUGAAUCAACUGUCAGACGUGAAGGCUUGGCUGGGGACGUUGAGUGGUAGUCCCCCACCUGUUCCCCAUUUUCGUUCUAGGAUGAGGAAGCUUAAGGUUUCGCUUGCGACACGCAAGUUCACAGUUAUCGGGGUCUCGAGUCCUACGGGUUGGUGUCGAUCGUGUUUCCUUAAGCCACUUGGUGAUAUUGCGAGCGGCCUGAACUCCGCUCUUGCCGACGCCGAUGACGUGUGUGAGGUGAUUAUCUCAACGACGAAAGAUCGCUUUGGACGUGUUUACCCGGCAUGCAAAUCAUCGUGGAAGGUUGGACUUAACGUUUGUCCAAUMUGCAAAGYCGGAGCUGCAGGUUGGRAGAGGGUGAGAGGGUUCUCCACCCCGGUGGUCGUAGCAGGGAGSUGMGUCCAYUGCUUUCCGGAGCGGAAUGCGUCCCACGAGGACAUCGGGAUCGCGGCAGGGCCUUUCGUGCUGGCAGGGCUGACCGUCGUGGUGUGCGUCCCGGAGCGACGGGUCCGCAUCCAGGUCGCGGCUAUGGAGAGCGGCGGARAAGGUGGACAUGCCGUGUUGAYACCUCUUGAGCUGCAGGCCGUGGCGGCGACCGUGUCUACCGUUGUUCUUCGAUGUCAGCAGGAGAGGGCGCUGACACGAAUGAAGGAGCAGUUGCGCGCGCGUAGACGGAGGACAUUGAUGCAAGCUCCAGACGAUGGCCCCGACUACGUGGCGACCUCGGAGGCUGUUGGCCAGCUGUGCUACGYGUUGGGUUGCGGAGUGAUUCCUCGAGCGACGCCGAGGUGGUGGAUGAAGUGCAGGACAGGGAGCAGGACAAGGAGCUGCCGGUCUGCCAUUGUCGACGGCGGAGAGAGAUGGAUUGGCAAGCAAGCGAGGAUGGUCGUAGAGCAGAAUCCUGAACGUUGUGUGUACGGCAUGAAGAGGAUCAUCGGACGGGCUUUCCGGAACGAAGUGGUUCAAGCUGACGCUCGCGCUUACCCUUUCAGCAUCGUGGAGGGGCGUCGUGGCGAGCCUCUCGUAGUUAUCGACAGCGAAAAAGGACAGCAGAAAUACUCUGUUGAGCAUAUUACAGCUAUGCUACUUGGCCAACUGAAGGCCAACGCCGAGAAGUACCUCGGCAGGCCGGUGGUUGAUGCCGUCAUCGCGGUUCCCGCUGGAUUCAACCAAAGCCAGAGACAUGCGAUGAUCGACGCUGCGGCCAUCGCAGGUCUGAAUGUUCUCCGACUUGUCAACGAGACGACGGCUGCUGCUUUAGCCUCGGCUCAUCUGACGGCGAAGGAAACGAAAUCGGACGGUUUCAAGAAGGUUCUGAUCCUCGCCCUGGGAGGUGGGAUGUGCGAGGCGAGUGUUCUUACUGUUGCAGGGGACACUCACAGAGUAGAGGCUGUGCAGAGCGACACUAGUUUGGGCGGAGAAGACUUCACCGUGAGAUUGAUGCAAUUGCUGAGCAGAAUGAUCCCUGGAGUAGAGUGCAAUCCGGUCAUGCUCGGGAGGUUGAGGUCCGCGGCGGAGACAGCCAAGCGCGCACUCUUUCUCCGAGAAACAGCGUUCGUUCCCCCUUACUCUCUCACGGAGACGGAGGGACGCAAGCUCACCGUGAAACGGACGGAUUUCGAAGCCGCGACCUCCGACCUCUUGCAGAGAUGUGAAGGGCUUGUGAGGCGCGUGUUGGUGGCCGCUUCCUGUUCGAGGGAAUCCAUCCACGAGGUCGUGCUGGUGGGUGGCGGGACACGAAUCCCAAAGCUGAUACACGUUUUCCAUGAAGCCUUCGGAAAAAACAAGUUGCUUAGUGGGGUCGAGGUGGAGGAGAUCGUCGCUAACGGGGCCGCAUUCUUGGCGUGGAGUUUGUCCAGGAGGCGGCAUUCCGGAAUGGCAGUUGACGGACCGAAUGUGGUCGGCAUAGCGUCCAGAUGCGUUCAUGCGAUGUGGGGAGCUUCGGCAGGUGGAAUGCAGGUCAUACAGAGCAACGACAUGCUUCCAGCCCAAGCCGGUGCUCGCCUUGUUCUUCCUUCUCAGACGUGGGACCAAUGUCCGCACGGUAUACUGAUCGAGAACCUGGACGACAAGUGCAAGCUCACGCUGACGGGGUUAAAUCCGGCGAUCGAGAAAACCGUAGAACUUGUGGUUAAGAUGGAUGAAGACGGACUUCUCUCUGCUGAAGGGCGGGGGUCAUUUACCGGGCGAACAGUCCCAGUUUCCAUAGUAACUAGAGUUGCACGGCUUACAGGAGAGGAAGUCACUGCUCUCGUGAAGGACAGGGAGGAGUACUGCAGUUGGGAAGAGGAGAGGACAAGACGAAGGGAGGCAUCGAACCACCUCCAGGCGUUUGCUGAUCAGCUGUCGAGCUCGAGUAUUCCACCGAGGCUGUCUUGCAAAGUCAAGAACGCGGAGAAAGAGAUCGAGCUCGUGAUGAGUUGGUUGCGAGAGACGGUCGAGUCGGACCCGCUACCUAUUCAGGAGUACGAGCGGCGACUGAAAAGGCUCAAGUUUACGUACGCAAAGCGCAAGUUCAUGAUGAUCGUCUCUUCGGAGCAGGAAGAGUGCUGUAAGAAGUGCAAGAGGAAGCAGCCAAUCCGCGAUCUUGCGGACGAGCUUAACGUGCUUGCAACCGCGAAGCAGCUGUCCCAGCAACGUGUGGAGGUCUGCGACAUCAUCUUGGCUACGCCAGCCUCCGGAGUUGGUGAGCCGCAGAGCAUGCAGAGCAGACGGAAGGGGUUUUGGAAUCCCGCUAUCAUCGUUAGGCCCGGCGACUCCGUCGAUUACGAACAGCUGAAGAGGAAAGGUUUAGUUCAAUACCUCAUCCCUGCGAGGUGUCUCGAGGAGGAGUACCUCUUUGCGUUGGACGAUGACGUCAACGUAAGCAAGGUCGCCCUCACGAAUGGAUUGAAGACAUUUGUGCCCGUAACGGAAACUUCGUUUCAACUAACGGACAUCCUGACGGACAAGAAGUCAGGAGCAGAUCCAGUAGUCCAGCAACUGGAGAAACUUAGCGGAGAGAUCGACGGCAAAUGGAGCGACGUGGUGGUUGUCUAUCGGCCUCGCUCACAGGCAAUUCAGAAAGGCAUUCCUAAUACUGAGGCGAUCGACAGUAUUCAGCAAUCGCACGAGCGGAUCAGAGAUUGGAUAGCUGGCCAUGUCGAUGACGAAACUGCUGCCGGCACUCACAUCAUUUAUGGCGGCUUUGUUAAUCGUCGGUGCUGGGCGCUAUUAGCGGAAAAGCCCGACGUGGACGGGUUCCUCGUAGAUGUGGAGGAAGCAACGCCGUCCGAUUUCCUGAGCAUAGUCAGGGAUGCCUUCUCGUUGCCUACUGUCGGUAAGAACUUCUGCGAAACCUCUUAGCAGUUUUUUUUUUGCAGGGGGGCUCAGCAGCUUGGGAUCACUCGACAUCGU